AUGAGGCUUCAGAUUGUGAUGCUUCUUUCUCUCUUCAGCCUAGCAGGUUCAAUAGCCAUACCUCCCCAUGUCCGUGGUGAAGCUGACGAAGUCAUCGCGGACUACAACACCGCGGCCGAGAUGGAUGCGCGGGACACACUGGAACCCAGAGCCUAUCCCCAUUGCCUGAGUUAUAAGGAAUGCAAAGGUGGCUGGUGCCACAAGGGUAACUGUCUGGACAAUGUGUGCAAGGGAGCCAAUAUGUGCCCCAAGGGCUUUUUGUGUGAUGGCGCCAACUGCUAUAAGCAUUUGCCUCCUUGGACGUAUGAUAUUCCCUAG